UGGUGUGUGUCAGAUGGUAUUCCUGCUCGUCUGGCUGCGCCAGUUAAGUCGAAUCAGAGGCAACCGGUGGUACACGGCACAGCGGUGGUCUCUCUCUCUUUUCCGCUCUCACAGCAUCUCUUCAGGACAAGCUACAGCAACUCUGGCCCAAGGCUUGUUUUAAAGUUCUAACAGCUGUCAGCGGAAUCCAAGCGGCAAAAUGGAGAACGUGACAGCAAGGACGACCAAGGAGAUCAACCUGACAUGCGGCAUGUCCGGAAACCACGAUAUCAUCUUCACCUUGGUGCCCAUCGUGUACAGUUGCAAUUUCGUCAUCGGCAUGGUGGGCAACUGCAUGGUGGUGGCCGUCAUCUACUGCUACAUGAGGCUCAAGACGGUCGCCAACAUCUUCGUGCUCAACCUGGCCGUGUCCGACCUGACUUUCCUCAUCACGUUGCCCAUGUGGGCCACAUUCACCGCCACGGGCUACCACUGGCCGUUCGGUGGGUUUCUGUGCAAGACCAGCGCCGGGCUGGCCAUGUUGAACUUGUACACCAGCACCUUCUUCCUCACGGCGCUCAGCAUCGACCGCUACCUGGCCAUCGUGCACCCGGUGCGCUCACGACGCUUCCGCACGGUGGCCUACGCCCGCAUCACCUUCGUGGUGGUGUGGCUGGUGGCCUUGGUCCUCAGCGUGCCCACGGCCUUGACGCGGGACGUGCUCAACGUGGCCAACACCAACAACACCUUGUGCGGUGUCCUGCACCCAACCUCGGAGAACCGUGAGAGGCUCAAGGGUCUCCUCCUGGCCAUCAGCCUCAUGAAGAGCCUGAUGGGCUUCCUGGUGCCCUUCGUCAUCAUCAUCACCUGUUACUGCCUGAUCGGGCGGGCGCUGGUUGGCGCCAGGCACAUCCAGAAGAGCUCGAGGUCUCGCGACGACGAGGUUCUGCGGAUGCUGGCCGCCGCCGUCCUGGCGUUCUUCCUGUGUUGGAUGCCGCACCAGGUCUUCCACUUGCUGCAGGUUCUCACCCAACUCAUGAAGAUGGAGAACUGCACCUUGGUUGAAAUCAUCGACACGGCCAUGCCCUUCACCAUCUGCCUGGCUUAUCUCAACAGCUGCGUCAACCCGAUCGUCUACGGGUUUGUGGGACGCAACUUCCGCAAGAACUGCAAGCGGCUGCUGCGCUGCUCGCCGUCCAGACCCACUGGGGGACACCCCAGCAUCAGCUCCAAGAUGAGCGCCUUGUCCUUUCGGGCCUCCGAGGCUCUGAGCCUGACUGCCCUGAAAAGCAAGGCUUCGUCCGAUGGGAAGUAACAGGGGCGGGGGAAAGGGGACUACAGAGGCCGAAGAAGAAGACAUUCCACGGUUGGAAAUGCUGAAGCAUGCCGGUCUGUUUUGAUGUCCUGUAGCAUGCUGGUCCAUCAGUUACAAGGAAAAAAGCAUUUUCCCUCCCUUGUGAUCUAAGUUAGAAAGCCCAAAAUAGUUACCUAAAAACAAAAUGGUGGACUUUGUGUCCAAUUUCUUGCAUGGGUCUUUUCAUUUGCAUGCAGCAUGUGAAGUGGGGGCCAUGAGGACACGGUGUCGUCAUGCUUAGAGGUCAUCAAAUGUUUCGUGUGUGCAGUCGGAAGUGCAAAAAAAAAAAAAAUUUGUGAAGCGACAAAUGUGGCGUCAAUGUACUGUACGACAAAAAUAUUGAGGAUGCUUUUUGGUGGUUGUACUGUCCAAUGUGCUCCUCGUGGCGAUGUCCAAAAUAUACUUGGUGGUAACAAUGUAAAAAAAAAAAAAAAAAAAAAAGUAGAAAGGGUCUGUGGUAUUUAAAUAUGUCGAUAUAUUGUUUUUUACCGUCUAUGUGUACAGUUGUGAAUAUGUGAGAAUAUAAAUAAAAAUAUAACAUUAAAAUUGAUACUAAUCUA